AUGAAGAACGUCAAGCGCUAUCUCGCGAAGAUGGACAAGGCAGUGGACUACGACUACUACGACAACGACGAACUUCGCUACACCCGCUUCAAGCCCCCCUUCGACCGACGACCCCUCGUUGGCCACCGCACACGCCACAGGAAGAACGAGGGGAAGCGCACCCUCCGCCUCGUAGGGAGCAGCAGCACCGACCACAUGCAACAAUGUGAGGAGGCUGCAUUUGGCGAUUUCGACAGCGAUGAUGACUGGGAGGACGAGGUGUGA